UGCUUGGCAACCAGUUAAAGACGCACAGGAUACGGUUGUUGCUCGGCUGUAGAGGAGACGAAAAUUCAACUUUAAACCUCAACAUAUUCAUAUAUAAUGCCCGGCACGUCGGUCUCUGGUGGCCUUAUGGUCCCUAUUCAUGAUAAAAUUUCGGAGCUCCAAAGAAAAAUCCAACUUCUUGAGGGAGACAGAAGCGCGUAUUUCGAAAGCUCUCAGUCUGCCAUUAAGAAGAACAGAGAGAGCAUCCUACAGCUGAGACAAGAAAACAAAAACCUGCACAAGAAACUGGCUGAGAGCGAUGAACAAGUUAUCAAGGAUGUUUUUCAAGGCUAUGGUGUGGAGAAAGCACCAUUCAGGAACAUGCCUGUGAAGGCAGCUCGUACAGUGCUGGAGAAGCAGGUGCGUGAUAAAAUGAAGAAGUUGAAUGCUAUGAAACACACCACUCAGAAACAGAGGCAGCGUUUAGAGGACCUGAAGCUGCAGUACCAGAGCAUGAAGCCACACAACAAAAGCCCUCUGCCUGACACCCAGAAACAGGAGGACGAGGAAAAGAAAUUGCGUAUUCUUGAGAACCGUUUGGAGAAAACGCAGCUGAAAUGCCAUGAAGCGGAGCACAUAAUGCGAGGAUACCUGAAACUGAAGGAACAUCUGCAGGAAGAGAGUCUUACAUUUCAGCCACAGCUAGACAGGAUGGAGACAGAGAUUCACAGACAGACACAAGUGUUUAAAGACCUGCAGGUCAUGAACAGUGACGCUCAUCUGUCUAAGGAUGCUGCCAAGGCUGAGCUGCAGCUUCAGGAGGAGCAGGUGUACAGAGAGCGCAAAGAGAGAGAGAAAAUCCUCUCCCGCUACAAAAAGCAGACGGUGGAGAGAAUGAAUCAGGCAGAGAGGAUGAAGAGAAGACCUCAAUGGGCCACCAUGCACCCCGAUGAGCUGAGCAGCGAGGCCCAGCGCAGCGCCAUCAUAGUAGGAGAAGAAGCAGAAACCACAUCUACGUUUGAAGAAGCUUUCCAGCGCAUCAAAGAAGCCACUGGAGUCACAGACUCACAGGAAAUAGUGGACAGGUUUGUCUCUCAGGGAGAAACUCAUGGUCACUUGGAGAGGAUGAAAGCAGAAAAUGAGAGAAUGCUGCAGGAACUGAAAGAAGAGAGAAACACACUACAGACUCAGCUUCAGGAUAUGAAAUACUCACGAGAGACGGAACUCUCAAGCGCGGAGCAGAUGCUGCAGGAGUGUGAGCUUCGUCUACAGCAGGAGCAGCAGCGUCGUGAUGCAGCUAAAGAUCAUCUGGACAGACUCACACACAUACUAAACACUGUCAGAGCAGGAGUGCAGCAGCUCAGCGACAAACUACAGCACAUCCCACCGAUGAAGGGUCCGGAACCCCAGCUGUCUCCAGACUCAGACGAGCACAUACUGGAGCUGAUGUCUGAGGCUGAGGAGAAACUCAUGCUGCUGAAAGAGGAACUGCAGGGCAAUGAUCUGGCAACCAUCAUGAAGGAGAUGGAGGAGGAAGAGUUCCAUGCCACUAUAGCGAGAAAAAUACCCCAGUACAACACUCGCAUUCAGCUGCAUGAGGCCCACAAACAGGAUCCUUUUGACGAUGAGGAGGACAGCGGCGAUGAUGAGGGCGAUAUCAUCACCCGAUUCAGCCUGAAGCAUCAGUCGCAGGCAAUCAUUGACGCAAAUACCAAGAGGAAGACUCGCAUCAAAAAGAGGAAGGGUAAACUCUGAUCUGAUCCAGCCCCAUGAUGAGGGUUCGUCAGCAUCUGAUCCACUUUAAAACAUAAUCAUUCUAGAAUUCUGGACAUUCAUGCUUAAGAAAAAUAAAGAGAUUGAACAUGA